AGUGUCCCGGCCCGGCCGCCGCAGCCUUAAGGGCCGGGCGGGGCAGGGGCCCAAAGUGCGGGGUCGGCCGGGUGCGGGGCCGAGGCCGAGGUCGGGACGCGAUCCAGAGCGGGAGCCGGCGAGGGAUCUGGGACUCGGAGCGGGAUCUGGAGCAGGAUCCAGGAGCCGGCGCGGGACCAUGGCGAGGCGCGGGCCGGGGUGGCGACCGCUGCUGCUGCUCGUGCUGCUGACAGGCGCGGCGCAGGGCGGCCUCUACUUCCGCCCGGGACAGACCUGCUACCGGCCUCUGCGGGGGGACCGGUUGGCUCCGCUGGGGCGCAGCACAUACCCCCGGCCUCAUGAGUACCUGUCCCCAGCGGAUCUGCCCAAGAGCUGGGACUGGCGCAACGUGAAUGGUGUCAACUAUGCCAGCAUCACCCGGAACCAGCACAUCCCCCAAUACUGCGGCUCCUGCUGGGCUCACGCCAGCACCAGCGCUAUGGCGGAUCGGAUCAACAUCAAGAGGAAGGGAGCGUGGCCCUCCACCCUCCUGUCCGUGCAGCACGUCAUCGACUGUGGUAACGCUGGCUCCUGUGAAGGGGGCAAUGACCUGCCUGUGUGGGACUACGCCCACCGGCACGGCAUCCCCGAUGAGACCUGCAACAACUACCAGGCCAAGGACCAGGAGUGUGACAAGUUUAACCAAUGUGGGACAUGCAAUGAAUUCAAAGACUGCCACGCCAUCCGGAACUACACCCUCUGGAGAGUGGGAGACUACGGCUCCCUCUCUGGGAGGGAGAAGAUGAUGGCAGAAAUCUAUGCAAAUGGUCCCAUCAGCUGUGGAAUAAUGGCAACAGAAAGACUGACUAACUACACUGGAGGUAUCUAUGCUGAAUACCAGGAUGUCACCUACAUAAACCAUGUCAUUUCCGUGGCUGGGUGGGGCAUCAGCGAUGGGACUGAGUACUGGAUUGUCCGGAAUUCAUGGGGUGAACCAUGGGGCGAGAGAGGCUGGCUGAGGAUCGUGACCAGCACCUAUAAGGAUGGGAAGGGCGCCAAAUACAACCUUGCCAUCGAGGAGCUCUGUACGUUUGGGGACCCCAUCGUUUAAGGCUAUGUCACUAGAAGAGCCGUUUAAGAAAAGGCCUGGUGAGCCGUGAUCAGAGGGAGAUCCUAUGGUUGUGUGUGCCAGGCUGGCAGGUGGGAACAGGGCUGGCUAUCAAUACUGGAUGGCAAGGACAACAUAGUACUGGCUGAGAGCGUUCCUGAGGGUUGAAAAUGGGAUGACUUGGGAGGGGGGAGGGAUUGCAUUGGGAUUUAUACUUGAUAUAAAUGAUGAAUUGAUGGGUGCUGACGAGUUGAUGGGUGCAGCACACCAACAUGGCACAAGUAUACAUAUGUAACAAACCUGCACAUUAUGCACAUGUACCCUAGAACUUAAAGUAUAAUAAAAAAAUAAAAAAAUAAAAAAUAAUUUAAAAAAAUUUAAAAAUUAAAAAAAAAAAAGAAAGAAAAUGGGAUGACUUAAAACACUUGCACAGGACACAGGAGGGCUCUGCCUCACAAUGACUGCAGUCAGCCACCUGGUGAAGAAGUGAUUUGUGACCCAGCAAACCAUGGGACCUCAGUUUUCUUCCGUAGAGGGCUUGAUCUUUUGUAUUUGGCCACUGUGGGCAAUCAUACGGCAUGUGAGAGGUGAAACAGUUCAGACGCAUCACCGCUUCUUAUGUCACUUUGGAAUCAAGGGCUGGGGAGGGAGGGAAGGAGGGAGAUGGCAGUUUCAAAUCGCCCAAGUGAUGAAUAAAGUAUCUGGCUCCACACAAGA